AAUAACAAGUCGUAGAGAACACUAUUAAAACAUGUCGAAUAAAGAGGAAUCUCCUUGUCUAAAGUUUGCUUGUGCUAUUCAGGAUUGUUUACAAAAGAAUGAUUUUCAAGAAUCCAAGUGCAAAAGUCAGUUAGCAGCUCUAGAUAAUUGCUGCAAAUCGCUGUUAGCACAAGGCGGCAAAAGUGUUUGCUGUCCGGAAAGGAAAUAUAAGAACAUGCAAAACGAUAAAGACAGUCAACAGUCAUGAUAAUAAGCACCUAUACUUUCUCGAUAUCUACGCUUAUUUGGGAAGUUUUUUUUUUUUGUUUUUUUU